AUGAGCUCCUAUUUUCUAAACUCCUUCUCAGGGCGCUAUCCGAAUGGGUCCGACUAUCAGUUACUAAAUUAUGGGACUAACGGUGCAAUGAACGGCUCGUACCGGGACUCUACCGGCAUGCAUUCCGGGUCUUUCGGUUACACCUACAAUGGGAUCGACCUUAGUGUAAACCGUUCCAACAACAAUGCCCACUUUGGCGAUGUUGGGGACAACAGCCGUGCUUUCCAGGAUCCAGGCACCAACACCAGGUACCGGCAAACGAGCUGCUCGCUUGCCUCUCCAGACGCCCUGCCAUGCACUAACACCGACACUCUGAAUCUAAAAGGCACUUCUGCCUCCACUGACCAGAGCACCAACAGCACACUCGCCAACAGCAGCACCAAUCUUACCAGCAGCAACAACACACACUUCGCAGAAACAGACGAUACCAACAUCUCUUCCGAGCCAGAGGAAGGCGCGCAGCCGAACCAUGCUACUCAACGCCCGCAGAAACAAGAGCCCUCUGCGCCUUCCACCACAACACCCGGGGAUGGCCAAACGCCGCAAAUCUUUCCAUGGAUGAGGAAGCUUCACAUUAGUCACGAUAUGACUGGACCAGAUGGAAAACGGGCUCGAACAGCCUACACUCGCUAUCAGACGCUAGAGCUGGAGAAAGAGUUUCAUUUCAAUAGGUAUCUGACCCGGAGGAGGAGGAUAGAAAUAGCCCAUGCUCUCUGUCUCACUGAAAGGCAAAUUAAAAUUUGGUUCCAGAAUCGGAGGAUGAAAUGGAAAAAGGACAAUAAGCUGAAAAGCAUGAGUCUAGCCACGGCAGGAAGCGCCUUUCAGAAUUGACCGCAUUUAUUGCGACUACUGUUACAGCACUGCACCUUCUUGCUUGCCAUUAUCAGAUGUCAUUUCUCUGUGUGACUGGUGUAACUCAAAUUGUAAACCGUUGAAUACUGUCAUAUCACAUAUGCUAUAGGGCUACUGGUAGCCUAGUUAACAGCUGCCGUAAAAUAAGUGUAAAUGCUACGUAUCAUGUUUAUACUUUCGUGGAAGAAAGCAUGUUCCAUGUAAGCUCUUUGUGCGCAACUUUGGACCUGUAACAGGAGUAAUGUACAGUAUAAACCCAAACUACCUAUAUCGUGUAGUCAAAAAAUUUUGUUGUAUUCUUAUGAACCUGUAAAAAGACGUCAGUGUAAACUGCUUUCCAGUAUUUCAGGCCAUUAAUGCUUGUGCCGCGUUUAUUACUUUUUUGCUCUUGAUUGUUACAUUGAGAAAAAGAAAAAAACUCUAUAUUCGCACUUAUGCAACAUUUGUGUACUUUAUGUUGCAUUUUAAACGUUUUAGCGCUCGUAUGUGUCCAUGGCGAGUGAAAUAUGUUUGGUGUACAAUUGUGACCAAUAUUUUAUUUGUACAAUACAAGUGGUGAACGUGCAGUGUUAAAAAAUUAAAAAUGUUUUGGCGUUGACAUGCUGGAAAUUUUGCCAGCGUGCAUUUUUUCCAUUUCUGUCUCGAAAA